AGGGCGGAAACACGGCGCGGUGACGGCUGGGUAAACUCACCGACAUACAGGAAGAAAAAAAGACGAAGCUCAGUCUGCUCUGCAAAAACCCUGCUCCCUGCACCCCCUCCACCCGCGGACACACGGCGAUAAUAGAGGACCAAAUCACUGCUUGACCAGUUUAGCAGGUAUGGCAGAGUUGGCGAGUCUGGUGCAGCGGCUGGAGGUGGCAGUGGGCCGCCUGGAGGCCAUGUCAGGCCCUGGAGGCAGCGCUGGAGAUUCUGCUGGUGGAGCUGUAUCAGCGUACGUUGAGGCCUUUGAUGAGAUCGUCAGCGGUCCCGUGGCCCAGUACGUCUCUCUCAGCCAGCAGAUAGGGGGCGAUGUCCAGAAACAUGCAGAUAUGAUGAAGCAGGCAUUCUCCAGUCAGAGACAACUCCUCGUUAAGGCCUCGUCCUCCCAGAAGCCCUCUGAUGCAGUUUUGACGACUCUCAUGCAGCCCGUGUCCAAAGCGAUCCAGCAGGUGCAGGCGUUCCGCGAGCAAAACCGCAGCUCGCCGCACUUCAACCACCUCUCUGCCGUCAGUGAGAGCGUGCCUGCCCUCGGAUGGGUCGCCAUGGCUCCUAAACCGUGCCCCUACGUUAAAGAGAUGCAGGACGCCGCCAUGUUCUACACCAACCGUGUGCUCAAGGAAUACAAGGAGAAGGACAAGACACAUGUGGACUGGGUGAAGGCCUACGUCUCCAUCUGGACUGAGCUGCAAAACUACAUCAAACAGCACCACACCACCGGACUGAGCUGGAGCAAGAGUGGUCCCAUCGCUUCAGCCUCUGCAGCUCCUCCCAGUGCUCCUGCUGGCGGAUGUCCUCCCCCACCUCCUCCUGGACCCCCUCCUCCCCCCAUGGACCUGAGUGGACCCUCUGGUGGCGGCGACGAUUCUGGCGCCGACGCUCGUAACGCCUUGUUCGCCUCCCUCAACAAGGGAUCCGACAUCACCAAGGGCCUGAAGCAUGUGAGUGACAGUGAGAAGACUCACAAGAAUCCUGCCCUGAGGGGCCAGGGUGCUCAAGUGCGUACCGGACCCAAACCCUUCUGUUCCUCUGCCCCAAAACCUGCUGCAUCCGCCACCCCAACCCGCACUCUGCCGCCUGUGUUGGAGCUGGAGGGGAAGAAGUGGAAAGUGGAGAACCAGGAGGGAAGAGAGGACCUGGUGAUCAGCGACACUGAGCUGAAGCAAGUGGUUUAUGCUUUCAAGUGUAACAAGAGCACCCUGCAGGUCAAGGGCAAAAUCAACUCCAUCACUCUAGACAAUUGUAAGAAAGUGGGUCUGGUGUUUGACGACGUCGUGGGCAUCGUAGAGAUCAUCAACUGCAGGGAUGUCAAGGUCCAGGUUAUGGGUAAGAUUCCCACCAUCUCCAUCAACAAGACGGACGGUUGCCAUGUUUACCUGAGCAAAGACUCCCUGAAAUGCGAGAUCAUCAGCGCCAAGAGCUCAGAGAUGAACAUCCUGGUACCCAAGGAUGACGGAGAAUUUACGGAGCUUCCUGUUCCCGAGCAGUUCAAGACCGUCUGGGACGGCCAGAAGCUCGUUACCACAGCAACAGAGAUCGCCGGAUAGACAGGGGCAGCAUACAAAAUGGCCGCCCCUCCUCGACACCAUCCCCACCACUUACCUUUUUUUUUUUUUGCAAACGCCUACCUGACUGAUCGACCACCCUACCAGCUAACUCUCACACUGUAGACUGAGAUUCGGACCUCAUGCGUUUUAUCCCCCCUCCUUCUUUCCUUAUCAGCCAAUCACAGCUUAAGCUGUCCCUUCCUUAAGCCAAUGAGAGGACUGCUCGCUUUUACCUGGAGCAAAUCCUCCAGCCAAUCAGCAGGGAGCAGCUUGUCAUUCAAAUUGGUUUUCCCUGUGAGCCAGUGAGCACUUUUCAAAAGCAUUCAUGAGUUUUGCCAAUAGCUGGGAUGCUCUGUAUGAUAUUUUUUAUCUAUCUGGAUAAUGCUAAACUAAAUUUAACAUGUAGAAUAGCCAACAUGGGGACGGGGAUAUCGAUUCCUCCGCAACAAAAGCACUGCAGCCAAUUAGGCUCCACUAUCAGGACGCUUCAGGUUUUUCUUCCUCUGUUUCCUCUUCCUGGUCAGGAGGGGUCGGUGUUUUUUAAGUUGUGGCCUGAUAGGUUUCUGUUUCAUUAUAUGCAAUUCUCUGGUGAAGCACUUGGCGAGCAAAAGCCUUUUUACAGAGGAUAAUGGCAUCCAUAUCACCUCCACUGAUGUUGACUGUAAAAAUAUAAAGAUUCAUAGUGGAUAAUGAUAUUAAAAAAAAAAAAAAAAGAUCAAGGUCAGCACUCUCAGAGCACAUAAACAGGAGUGAAAACGAGUCGUGUGCAAAACCACUGUCUAUUUCACAUCAAGGAUCUCUUCAUCUAGAUGAUGUUGGUGCAAUUUAAAAAUAGCAGGAAACCUUAUUAUAACUCCAUGUGCUUUCCUUCACAUAGGACAUUCCCGAGUAUUAAAAACAUUCCAUACAGAGGCGAGAGGCAUGUAAAGAAAACGUUUGCGGUAAAGAGCAAAGAGAUGUUGAUACAAAGUGGAAGCGAAAGAAAAUGAAAAAAAAAAGGACUGAAUGAUAUAAUCACUGGUUGUUGUUGAAUGCUUCACCUCCACCUCAGUCUCUAGAUUGGAAAUAUCUGCUGUAAUCAUCUGUAUAGAUAUGAAUAAUUAUGAAAUAGUCUUAAAUAUUAGCCCUCACCAUCAGCAUCUCUCCACUCGCUCCUGCACUCUUUGGUUAUCGUCAGCUCUUGCAGCUGUGAAGCUCUUUGCUGGUUAGUAUUUUUUUUAUAUUGUCUCUUUUUUUUCUUUUACCUUUUUAUUUUUUUGGGUCCAAAAUCAGAAGUCUGCUCAUUAGUACUGGAGACAUCAUUAAAAAUGUUGCAAUAAAAUGAA